UGCUACCGACAAAGAGCCGGCGUCCGAAACAAACAUUUUUAAAAUAACUUUUAUAGAGUCUUCCGUUCUGUGCGUGUGUGUACGGUCCACGAAUUUUAAUAAUUCUUGAGUGCUUGAAAAAGCAAUGUAAACAUAUCCCCAACGAAAACUGACCUUGGCCAAGAAACGUUGAGAAAGUAACUGACCUAAGUCAAGCACGAAUAAACGAUACCAGGAUUUGGGCAAUAUAAGUGAAGAGCUGGAAACUAAGUAGAGUUAGAGUUGAUUAGUGUAUAAAUCUGGUGACGACCCCCAAAUAGUUUUGGAACAGCUAUAAGUCCUAGUAUAGUUCUUAGACUUUUGCACAGCUUUUUGUUAAAUCACAUCAGUUAGAUUUGCAUUGAGUAUCUGCCACAUAAUUAGAUCGUUUAUAGAGUAUGACAAAAAAAUGUUUAAGGAAAAUACGCAAGAACCUUUCCCAACAUCGCUCGCUUAAACUAUAAAUGGUUGUGAAAUGUAGUAACGUAAAUAUCGAAAAGUUUGAAUAGAACCUUAAUAAAACAUACUUGACUACUACUCGCGUUUUUGACAUAUUUUCAUAGACUAGCUAAGCUUACAUCUAUAACACUCAUUUCUCGGGGAAAGACUGUAGCUCUUUGUCCAGUAUUUACAUAUUAACAGUGAGCAGUGAAUAAUAUUGAAGAAUUUCCAAUUCAUAAACGGAAAAAGUGCUGGAAAAUGUGAAAAGAUUCUCAUACGAUUUAAAUAACUCGGGAGUGUUGAGUUGAAGAAAAUUAUAUUAAUGUUCCCCAUCCUGGCUUUGCGGCUCUGAAUCGGCUCUCAUUCCCUCAUCUAUGCGCAACUAAUUUGCAAUGAUGAGUUAUCAGAAAGGUCUGAAGGAUCCCAACGUGGACAGGCACACGAGUAAAGCCAAGUCCCGGCACUUCACGGUCAACGGUCUGCUGAGUGCCAAUAACACGCUCCAACAGCAGCAGAACCAAUACAACCUGCAGCCCUCGAGUGACAGUCGCAACAUCUACAACAAUCCCUAUAUUCCGCCGCAGCAGCAGCAGCAGCAGCAGCAACAGCAGCAGCAACAGCUGCAGCAGCAGACGCAGCAGCGCACCGCCCACCUGUUCAAGGCCCUGGCUGCCUCCGCUGGCGGCACCAACAGCCUGACCCAUCCCUACGACUUCUCCAACUCAUCCUCCUCCUCCAACGCCAACAACGAGCACCAGGGAUCCUCCUCGUCGGAAACGGAGAAUGCCUUCCUAACUCAUAAUAACGGUGAGUAG